UGUUGAACUGUAGGGUUAGUGUGAAGUUUCUCCUUCACUGAACACUUUCUGCUCAUUUGCAUGUGAAGACUGACAGGCUGCGUCUCAGCUCUGGUCUGAUCCUCAUUGGUCCCAGGCUGGAAGAGCAGCUGUGACUCAACUCCUCAGGCAGCGAGGAGGAGCCAGAAGUACGAAGCUGAGUGAUUUCUGUCCCACUCUGCACACUGACAGGAUUACUGACCCUGAGUGGACUGUAAAGACAGAGAGACUGUGUUUCUGAGGGAGUGAGAACCGGUGAAAGGACUAAAACUGAGGGAACUGGUUUGUCAGGCUUUGGUUUUCUUUUCUUUUCUCCUCAGAGUGUGGAGUGAUUUCCUCAUCAGUGCUGAGUCUGAGGAAAGAGUUUCAGCCGUUUGAAAAUGAUCAACAACACUUUGCAGAAGAUCGAGGACUGCCUGGUCACUCACAGGACUCUGUACCACUUCUACGCCGCCGUGAUGAUCCUGAUCUUCGUCCUGGCCCUGCCCCUCAACGCCUCCGUCCUGCACCUCUUCAUAUUCAAGCUGAAGUUCUGGAAGUCCAACACCAACAACAUCUUCCUGUUCAACCUGGUGCUGGCCGACAUCCUGCUGCUCUUCUGCAUGCCCAUCAAGGCCCACAACUUCAUCCAGGGCGAGAGGAGGAGCGGCAACGACGUGGUCUGCAAAGCCAUGCUCUUCAUGCUGUUCCUCAACCGCGGAGCUAGCAUCGCCUUCCUCACCGUCACGUCCAUCGACCGAUACUUUAACGUGGUCCACCCGGGCAAGAAGAACCUCCUGAGGGUGCUGAAGAAGUCUCCUCAGAUCUCCAUCAUCAUCUGGCUGCUGCUCCUCCCCCUCACCAUCCCCACCAUGCUCAAGACCUUCGAGUGCUGCAACAGCCACAGGAAUGAGGAAGACGCCACCCUGAUAAAGGACCUGGUGGACAGUCUGAGGGAGGUGGUCUUCUUCACGCAGAUCCUCAUCCCCUUCGUCAUCCUCAUCUACUGCACCGUGCGCAUCAUCAACCGCCUCCGCAAGAAGACCAUCGGGGACAAGACCAAGCUGAGGAGGGCGGUGUUCCUGGUCACCACCGUCGUGGUGGUCUUCUCCCUCUGCUUCCUGCCCUGCACCCUGGCCCGCAUGGUCCUGCUGAUCGUGCGUGUGCAGGAGUCCAGCGCCUACGUGCAGGACAAGGCCACGCUGGCGUUCGACGGCCUGAUGGUUCUGUCCUACAUGGACUGUCUGCUGGACCCUCUCAUCUACUGCUUCUGCAGCACCAAGUUCAAAGCUCUCUACAUCUCCAACUACUUCCCCUGCCUGAUGAAGGGAAGUCCUCCAGUGGUGGACAGCUCCACAGCCAAUCAGAGCAAACCGUCACGCAACAACGUCAUCUGAGGAGAGUGUGCGACGGGCGAUGGACGCUGGUUGGUUGGACUGUAAAGGUGGACGUAUUUCAACAAAGGAGGAAUCAGAAAGGAACGUGUACUCUGAAAACUACACCGAGAUACUGCGUGUACCUCAACAUCCUGUAGAAUGUAUUCAUGUAUAUUUGAACAUGGAGUACUGUGACUUUUUAGUGGUACAACAUUUAGGUUGUGGCCCACUGGUGGGUCACAGAAGAUAGUGUCUGGAUUUUUUUCAAAAGUUGGUCUUGACUCCAACUUAGAACCGUUACCUGUGACAGGCUCCGCCCCCAGAGAGCAGACAUUUCUUUCUAUUAAAAAAACAUGUUAAUCAUAAAAAAAUUGCAGCAAAAGGGACGGAAAUUUGCUAAAAAAAAAAAUCUGAGAGCAGAGAAGGAUGUAUAGGUUAACCACCAGGGGGCAGCUGUCUGGGAGACCAGAGGAUCAAACAGGUCAAUAAGAUACAGACAUAACAGACAAGAGUCAGUGGAUGUUAUAAAACAUCACAAUUUAAAUCAAGUCAAUUUGAACUUUUGAUAAAUUUACAGUGAACAUUUGAAAAGUUCAUUUUUGGCCUAUUUAUAAUAUAAAAUUCAUUAUGUAUUUCAAAUAUAAAAUAUUCUAUUUCCUGGCUUCACCAUAAAAUUAAUUUGUGACAAAGACUGCUUUACAUGUUAAUAAAACAAUGAGCUGUUACAGAAGCAGGUUCUUCCCUGUUCCUGUCUGUACGACAGUGUUUUCUUCUCUACUUGGCUUGGACAGAAGGAGGAGGAGGAGGAGGAAGGAAGAUGAUGACGACUUCUUUUUUCACCAUUUUUUAUCCAGAGUUUUAUCCACAGGUUUUUUUUUCAGA